GCGAUUGUACGAAUGUUUUGAGUGUGGCGAAUGUUUUCCACGCAAUUCUCAACUGCUUUUCCACCAAAGAGAUCACAUGGGGGAAGAACCGUUUGUCUGCUCGGCGUGCGGGAAAUGCUUCCGAAGUCCGGGACAGCUUGCCUCCCAUCACAGGACACACUCCGGGGAAAAACCUUUUGGCUGUCAUCGGUGCGGGAAGUGUUUUCUCACCAAAGCUCAACGGGUCGUCCAUGAGAGGUCGCAUACGGGGGAAAAACCGUUCCCGUGUAUUUCGUGUGGGAAGCGGUUUGCCGAAAAAGGGAAGCUGAUCAGGCACGAAAGGACCCACACGGGGGAGAAACCUUACAGCUGCUCGGAAUGCGGGAGACAGUUCGCCGAAAAGGGCAAGCUAGGCAGGCACCUGCGGACGCACCGGGGGGAAAAAUGCGCAGAUUGCCCGAAAAGCUUCCGGUGCAACGCCAAACUAGUCACCCACCAAAGAACCCACCGAGGAGCGAAGCCGUUUGAAUGUUCGGAGUGCGGAAAAUGUUUCAGCAACAGCAAACAGUUUGUAGUCCAUCGUAGAACCCACACGGGCGAAAAGCCCUACGAGUGCCAGACGUGCGGAAAGUGCUUCACAGAGAAAGGGAAGCUGGUGAGGCACCAGCGAUCCCACACCGGGGAGCGGCCCUUUGCGUGUGACGAGUGCGGGAAGCGGUUCGCCGAGAAUGGGAAGCUCGCCCGGCACAAAAAAACCCACGCCAGCGAGAAAGAGUGCCGAUGCUCUGAAUGCGGCAAGGAUCUCCGUAACAAGUUGUCCUUGAUGAUCCACCAGAGGCUUCACACGGGAGCGAAGCCCUACGCGUGCCCGGAAUGCGGCCGGCGCUACACGUACAAGUCAUCGCUUACCAAGCACAUGAACGUCCACUCGCAGGACAACGGCUACGCCUGCACUGAGUGCAAGAGAGUCUUCAGUGAAGAACGCAACCUGCUCCGGCACUACCAGACCCACACGGGGGAGAAGCGCUUCAGCUGCCCCGAGUGCAAGAAGAACUACAGCGACAAGUCGUCUCUGAACAUCCACCUUCGACGCCACACCGGAGAGAAACCAUACGUGUGCUCAGAGUGUGGGAAGGCUUUCUGCGACCGCUCAUCCCUAGGCAAGCAUGAGCGUAGGCACAGAGAGGACAAGUAGACUUUGG